CCGCCGAAGAGGUCCCUACCAAGUGAGUGUGGUUUCCUCCCCCUUGCUCCUCUCUUCUUCUCUUGGCGACGGAGUGAUCCGGCCCCCAAAACGUCUCAUCAAAAUCCCCCAGCUCCCAAGCGCUGACAAACAUUGUUUUUGCCUCUUCUCAGGGAGACCUCUGGAACCGCUCCUGGUGAGUCGUCGCCCGUCACUCUCACUGGGUCCACCAAGCUGACUCCACCAUCUCAGUCGCUGAUGCCGCUCCCGAGAAGAAGAAGCGAGAGUACAAGGAGAUGGAGGAGAAAAAACAGGGUGAUCUCCACGCCAUCGUGGAUCUGAACACUGUGAGCCACUCUCGACUGUCGCUGGCCCGAAAUCCCUUUCACUCACACAUCUGAUUCCCAGAUUCAAUUCACCGCCGCCGAUCUCUAUGACAAAGACAAGGUCGAUAUCGAACACAUUGUCAUGGAGGAGGUCUUCCAACUCCUUCAAGCCACCGAAGGAGGUCUCACCGAAGCCGAGGCCCAGAACCGUAUCGGUAUCUUUGGACCUAACAAGCUUGAGGAGAAGAAGGAGAACGUCUUCCUCCAAUUCCUCUCCUUCAUGUGGAACCCUCUGUCCUGGGUCAUGGAGGGUGCCGCCCUCGUCGCUAUUGCCCUUUCCAACGGUGAGGGUGAACCUCCUGAUUGGCAAGACUUUGUCGGUAUCAUCCUCCUUCUCUUGGUCAACUCUACUAUCGGUUUCGUCGAGGAACGAAACGCCGGAAACGCCGUCAAGGCGCUCAUGGACUCGCUCGCUCCCAAAGCCAAGGUUAAGCGUGACGGCAACUGGAAAGAAGUCGAAUCUGCUGAACUCGUUCCUGGUGACAUUGUCUCCUUCAAACACGGAGACAUUUGCCCUGCUGAUUGUCGUUUGAUCGAGGCCGUUGAUGUCUCCAUGGACCAGGCCGCUCUUACCGGAGAAUCUCUUCCUCAAGGUAAAAAGGUCGGUGACGAAUGCUUCUCCGGUUCCACCUGUAAGCAAGGUGAAGCCGAGGGUAUGGUUAUCUCCACCGGUCCCAACACCUUCUUCGGACGUGCCGCUACCCUCGUCGGACAGGACAAUGACCAGACCGGUCACUUGCAAAUGGUCUUGGCCAAGAUUGGAUCCUUCUGUCUCGUCUCCAUCGGUACCUUUGUCUUGCUGGAAAUCCUCGUUCUCUACGCCGCUUACCACUACUCUUACCGACGUGGUCUCGACAACCUGUUGGUGCUCUUGAUCGGUGGUAUUCCCAUCGCCAUGCCUACCGUCUUGUCCGUCACGCUCGCUGUCGGAGCUCAGCAACUCGCCAAGCACAAGGCCAUCGUCACUCGAAUCACUGCCAUCGAAGAACUUGCGGGUGUCACCAUUCUCUGUUCCGACAAGACUGGUACCCUCACGACCAACAAACUCACUAUUGACAAGGGCACCGUCAAGUGCUACUCUCACUGGGAUGUCGAGGGGGUCUGUCUUCUCGCUGCCUACGCCUCGCGAACGGAAAACCAGGACGCCAUCGACGGUUGUGUUGUCGGCACUCUCCCCGACCCCAAGCAGGCCCGUGAAGGUAUUAAACUCCUCGACUUCCGACCUUUCAACCCUGUCGACAAGCGAACUGAAAUCACCUACCGAGACGACCGAGACGGUGGCAAGCUCAAGCGAGCUACCAAGGGUAUGACUGGUAUCAUCAUCGAACUCUGCACCCGAAACAAGACUUCUGAACUUGAGGACCGACUUGAAGCCGAUGUCGAAGACUUUGCCCGACGUGGUCUCCGUGCUCUCGCCGUCGCUUACGAAGACGUCAUGGGUGACCAGCCAGACUCUGAGGGUAACGGUUUCGAACUCGUCGGUCUCCUGUCUAUCUUUGACCCUCCCCGUUCCGACACCAAGAAGACUAUUGACGAUGCCAUGGCCCUCGGUGUCAAGGUCAAGAUGGUUACUGGAGAUCAACUCGCUAUUGCCAAGGAAACCGGUCGACGUCUCGGUCUCGGUGACCACAUGUACCCCGCGAAGGUUCUCAAGGACGGUCCUGAAGCCGGUGGAAAGCACGCUACUCUCGAUGAAAUGAUCAUGGACGCUGAUGGUUUCGCCGGAGUCUUCCCCGAACACAAGUUUGAAAUCGUCAAACGUAUCCAAGGUCUCGGACACUUGUGCGCCAUGACUGGUGACGGUGCCAACGAUGCUCCUGCCUUGUCUCGUGCCAACGUCGGUAUCGCCGUCGAAGGUGCUACCGAUGCCGCUCGAGGUGCCGCUGAUAUCGUCUUGACUGAACCCGGUCUCUCCACCAUUGUCCACGCCAUUUACGGAUCCCGAGUCAUCUUCCAACGUAUGAGAAACUAUGCCGUCUACGCUUGUGCCGUUACCAUCCGUAUCGUUGUCUGCUUCGCCAUCAUGGCUUUCGGCUGGAAAUUCGACUUCCCCUCGUUCAUGGUCCUUAUCAUUGCCGUCUUGAACGAUGGAACCAUCAUGACCUUGUCUUUGGACCGAGUAUUGCCUUCUACCACCCCUGACGAGUGGAACUUGACCGAAGUCUUCGCCUACGGUAUCGGAUACGGUCUCUACCUUACUGGAUCUACCCUCGCUCUGUACGCUGUCAUGCACCACACCGACUUCUUCGAGCGCAGAUUCCACGUCAACCCAGUUACCAAGGGCGAUGUCAACGAUCCUCAAGGCCACAUGAUCAUCUACCUCCAGGUCGCCAUCAUCUCCCAAGCCUUGAUCUUUGUCACUCGAUCUCACGGACCUUCAUGGACUGAGCGACCUUCCGUUGCCCUCAUGUUGGCUUUCUGUCUCGCUCAAUUCAUCUCCUCCAUCAUUGCCGGAUUCGGAAACUGGGGCUUCACCGAUGUCCACUCGAUCUCUGGAGGAUGGAUCGGUAUUGUUUGGGUCUGGAACAUCGUCUGGUACUUCCCUCUCGAUCUCGUCAAGUUCAUCCUCAAGAGGACCAUCAUUGCCUACAUCCAGAAGCGAAGGAGAGCUGGACAAGCCCCUGCCCUCGUCGACGAGCACGGAGAGCGACUCCAGCGAACUGCCUCCCGACACGAGUCUCUCUACUCGAACCGAACCAACUUCCUUGCCCGAGCUGCCAACAGACUCAAGGGAGGACAAAAGGUCUCCAUGUCGAGAAACGAGCUCUCCAGAUUCUCCUCCAUUCAAGCUCAACAAUCCGGUGCUGCUCUCCAACGAGCCAGCUCCAGAGCUGCUUAGAGUGGUUUCUCUUCACGCUUCUCCAUACAUUUUUAUUUGCAAGCCUUGCAUUUCAUCCAUGUCAUUCUCUUUCCGCAUACCCCACCACAUCUCUCGAUACCGCAUAAUCCUCUCGACACUCCCGAUGGGAAAGUAAUCCGUGUGAUACCUCAUCAUCCUAUUCUAUAAUCCUAUUCUCACCGGAUCGUCCCCGUCAUAAACUCUCUCAUUGUCUCAACUAUAUACAAAUCUAUAAAGACCGUUUUCCUCCAUUCCAUUCUCGUUAUCCCCUUGAAAUCCUUUUUCCCUUAGGUAUCAAGUCGAAAGCAUGUGAAUGCAGGAUCGUAGUGACGUAU